GUUAAUUUAAAAUGGCCACUAACAAUCUUCCAACCUUUUACCCAGGAUAAUAGUCAAUGGCAAAUGUUUAACCUUCCCUAUACUAACAACAAGGAGGUUUAGAAUUUUGUAUAUUAGAGUAGCACCUAUCUAUUAAAGUAAUCAAGGCCUCCCAUAAGUCUUAGGAUCGUCUUCUGGCAUUUAGUAAAAUCAAUAAAUACCUUAUGGAAAUUGUAUCAAAUGUUGUUCAUAUUAGAAUACGGAAUAAAUGUGCCCAACUAAGGUGUCCCAUCAUAUUAGACUCCUCAAAGAAUCGUUUCUUAAAGAGUUAUGUAAUAAUCCCCUUAGGUAGUUACAUCUCCUAUAAUUUAAUAAUAAGUUCCUAUUAUUCAAUAAUAAACUCAAAAUAUUUAAUCAUCAGUGCAACAACCAUCAGUUGGUAACAGAAUAAGAAUAACAUUAAUAGUCCAUAAUGUUGAACAUGUACCAGUCAUUCAUGAAUUACAUCACGUGAAUAGACCAAUAAAUGUUGUUUCAGUAGAUGAGAUUGAAGGUCCUUGGAGGAGUAAAGUAUUGUUGUUGGAGAAAUAAUUAAUUGAAUUAUAAUUGAUGUUAAAGAAGGGUCCCGUGAAAUAGGUUCAAUCUAAAUAAGUAGUCGUAGAAGAUGAGGGGAAGGUAUGCUAAAUCAAAUACUAUCAACUAAAUAGAUAAGAUAAUUGCAAAGUGAAAUCGAGAGACUCCAAGCCAUUUUAAGGGAGAAUCAAAAAGAGAUUGAUGAAUUGCAAUAACAAAUAAAUGAUGCAACAUUUAAUCUAGAAAAUGCUGAAGAAUAGGCAUCUUCUCAAGUGGAAGCAUAAUAAGAAGAAUUAGCUAAGUGGAAGAAGAAGUUCUCAGAUUUGAAUAAGAAGUUCCAUGAUAUCGAAGAAGAUAUAACAAUGACUGAGGCCUAAAUAGAGAGUAUUCAGAAACGAAAAAUGGUCACUCAAACUACAUCUACUGUUAAGACUACUGCCAAAACUUCAGGAGUAUAGCUUUAUAAUUUAUAUUUAGGGCACAUAUGGGGAUGGAGAUGUCAGAAAGAGUGGUUUUAGCAAUAGGAAUUAUUGA